UAAAAAUAUUUGCUAUAUCAACUCAGGGAAACAGUAGCUGCACUGUCUCUGUUUUUUAAACUUCAGCAGCAACUUAAGUACCAACAAUGAAGCAAUGAUAUCUGAGAACAAAAGAACAUUUUCCAGCUAGCUGUCAUCACAAUUUCAAGUGACUGUAUAAACAGAAACAAGCUGCAACAGACGUAUGUGUCAGCUAGCUAUAGAGAGAAUGCUUUCUUCUGAUGCUGUUUAUUUACAAGAGUUUUAGUAUAAAUUAUUUACAUUAUAUAUCAAAUGAAAUAAAAAUGAGUGAAGCCCCGAGGUUCUUUGUUGGGCCUGAAGAUACUGAAGUAAAUCCUGGAAAUUAUCGACAUUUCUUCCACCAUGCAGAUGAAGAUGAUGAGGAUGAAGAUGAGUCUCCACCAGAAAGGCAGAUUGUGGUUGGAAUAUGUUCCAUGGCAAAGAAAUCCAAAUCCAAACCAAUGAAGGAAAUUCUUGAACGGAUCUCCUUAUUUAAAUAUAUCACAGUAGUAGUAUUUGAAGAGGAUGUUAUUUUGAAUGAGCCAGUGGAAAAUUGGCCAUUGUGUGAUUGUCUUAUUUCAUUCCAUUCUAAAGGAUUUCCACUGGACAAAGCAGUUGCCUAUGCAAAACUCAGGAAUCCAUUUGUAAUCAAUGACUUGAAUAUGCAGUAUCUUAUACAAGAUAGGAGGGAAGUGUAUAGUAUUCUUCAAGCUGAGGGUAUUUUACUUCCUCGUUAUGCCAUUUUGAACCGUGACCCAAAUAAUCCCAAAGAAUGCAAUCUGAUUGAAGGGGAAGAUCAUGUUGAAGUAAAUGGAGAAGUUUUCCAAAAACCAUUUGUAGAAAAACCAGUAAGUGCAGAAGAUCACAAUGUUUACAUUUAUUAUCCAACAUCUGCAGGUGGUGGAAGUCAAAGACUCUUUCGAAAGAUUGGCAGUAGAAGUAGUGUUUAUUCUCCAGAAAGCAGUGUACGAAAAACAGGCUCAUAUAUAUAUGAAGAGUUUAUGCCUACAGAUGGUACUGAUGUUAAGGUUUAUACAGUAGGUCCAGAUUAUGCCCAUGCUGAAGCUCGAAAAUCUCCAGCACUUGAUGGCAAGGUGGAACGAGAUAGUGAAGGAAAAGAAGUAAGAUACCCUGUUAUACUCAAUGCACGAGAGAAAUUAAUUGCUUGGAAAGUCUGCCUUGCUUUUAAGCAAACAGUUUGUGGCUUUGAUUUGUUACGAGCCAAUGGACAGUCCUAUGUUUGUGAUGUCAAUGGCUUCAGUUUUGUGAAAAAUUCCAUGAAGUAUUAUGAUGAUUGUGCAAAAAUACUUGGCAAUAUUGUAAUGCGAGAGCUUGCUCCACAGUUUCAUAUCCCCUGGUCAAUACCCUUAGAAGCUGAAGAUAUCCCAAUUGUCCCAACUACAUCUGGGACUAUGAUGGAACUUAGAUGUGUUAUAGCUGUCAUACGUCAUGGGGAUCGAACACCAAAACAAAAAAUGAAAAUGGAAGUGAGGCAUCAAAAAUUUUUUGAUCUUUUUGAGAAAUGUGAUGGAUAUAAAUCUGGGAAAUUGAAACUCAAAAAGCCAAAACAAUUACAAGAAGUGUUGGAUAUUGCACGACAACUUCUUACGGAGCUUGGACAAAACAAUGAUUCUGAAAUUGAAGAAAACAAAUCAAAGCUUGAACAACUUAAGACUGUAUUAGAGAUGUAUGGCCAUUUCUCUGGAAUAAAUCGUAAGGUCCAAUUGACCUAUCUUCCUCAUGGUUGUCCUAAAACAUCUAGUGAAGAGGAAGACAGCCGAAGAGAAGAACCAUCUUUACUUUUGGUUUUAAAAUGGGGAGGAGAAUUAACCCCUGCUGGCAGGGUUCAGGCUGAAGAACUUGGAAGAGCUUUCAGGUGUAUGUAUCCUGGAGGUCAAGGAGAUUAUGCAGGAUUUCCUGGUUGUGGUUUACUUAGAUUACAUAGCACCUACCGACAUGAUCUCAAAAUAUAUGCAUCUGAUGAGGGACGAGUCCAGAUGACUGCAGCUGCUUUUGCAAAGGGGCUGUUAGCUUUAGAAGGAGAGCUUACACCUAUUCUUGUUCAGAUGGUAAAAAGUGCAAAUAUGAAUGGUCUUUUGGACAGUGAUAGUGACUCUCUGAGCAAUUGUCAACAACGUGUGAAAGCAAGACUUCAUGAAAUACUUCAGAAAGACAGAGAUUUUACUGCUGAAGAUUAUGAAAAGCUUACUCCGUCUGGAAGCAUUUCCCUUAUCAAAUCAAUGCAUUUAAUAAAAAACCCUGUGAAGACCUGUGACAAAGUUUAUUCUUUGAUUCAGAGUUUGACUUCUCAAAUCAGACAUCGAAUGGAAGAUCCCAAAUCAUCAGAUAUUCAGCUUUACCAUAGUGAGACAUUAGAGCUUAUGCUACGCCGAUGGUCCAAGUUGGAAAAAGACUUUAAAACAAAGAAUGGAAGAUAUGACAUUAGUAAAAUUCCUGAUAUAUAUGACUGUAUCAAAUAUGAUGUCCAACAUAAUGGUUCUUUGAAAUUAGAAAAUACAAUGGAAUUAUAUAGACUUUCAAAGGCAUUAGCAGAUAUUGUUAUCCCUCAGGAAUAUGGUAUAACUAAAGCUGAAAAACUGGAGAUUGCCAAAGGCUACUGUACUCCUCUAGUUAGAAAAAUUCGUUCUGACCUUCAGAGGACACAAGAUGAUGACACUGUAAAUAAACUCCAUCCUGUGUAUUCCAGAGGUGUUCUGUCCCCUGAUCGUCAUGUUCGUACUAGAUUAUAUUUCACCAGUGAAAGUCAUGUACAUUCUUUACUGUCUAUUCUUCGCUAUGGUGCCUUAUGCAAUGAAUCAAAGGAUGAACAAUGGAAACGAGCUAUGGAUUAUUUAAAUGUUGUCAAUGAACUCAACUACAUGACUCAAAUUGUUAUCAUGCUUUACGAGGAUCCUAACAAGGAUCUUUCCUCAGAGGAACGGUUUCAUGUUGAAUUACACUUUAGUCCAGGAGCCAAAGGAUGUGAAGAAGAUAAAAAUUUACCAUCUGGCUAUGGCUAUAGACCAGCUUCCAGAGAGAAUGAAGGUAAAAGGUGUUCUCUUAAAAUUGAUAAUGAUGAUGAACCACAUACUUCUAAAAGAGAUGAGGUUGAUCGAGCUGUGGUAUUGUUCAAACCUAUGGUAUCAGAGCCAAUUCAUAUACAUAGGAAAUCUCCACUUCCAAGAUCUAAGAAGAUGGCUACAAAUGAAGAAGAGAGCCCCCUGAGUGUGUCUAGCCCAGAGGGUACUGGUACCUGGCUGCAUUAUACCAGUGGUGUGGGUACUGGGCGUCGAAGACGCAGAUCAGGGGAACAAAUCACUUCUUCCCCUGUCUCCCCCAAAUCAUUGGCUUUCACAUCCAGUAUUUUUGGCUCAUGGCAACAGGUUGUAUCUGAAAAUGCUAAUUAUCUGCGCACACCAAGAAAUCUUGUAGAACAGAAGCAGAAUCCUGUAGGGUCUCACUGUGCGGGCCUGUUUAGCACCUCAGUGCUCGGGGGUUCUUCAAGCGCACCUAACCUACAGGAUUAUGCUCGUACUCAUCGUAAAAAGCUGACCUCUUCUGGCUGCAUAGAUGACGCCACACGCGGUUCUGCUGUUAAAAGGUUUUCUAUCUCAUUUGCUCGACACCCAACCAAUGGCUUUGAAUUGUAUUCCAUGGUACCUUCUAUUUGCCCACUAGAAACUCUUCACAAUGCCCUGUCUUUAAAGCAGGUGGAUGAAUUUCUUGCUUCCAUUGCUUCUCCAUCAAGUGAAAUUCCACGGAAGACCCCUGAAAUUUCCUCCACAGCUUCAUGUUCCACUCCAGUAGUAAGAAGAAAAAUAUCUUUAAAUACAUACACACCUGCAAAGAUCCUCCCAACACCACCAGCAACCUUAAAGAGUACGAAAACAAGCAGCAAACCAGCUACCAGUGGACCUUCUAGCACACUUACUGCAAGUACCUCAUCUCGGAAAAAGAACGUAACUAGCAAAACAGAACUGCAUGAACACAAAAAAAACACGGGGAAGAAGAAAUAAUCUUCUAGUAGGAGCUAGAACUUCUUAUACCAAUGAAAAUCACAUGUU